UUCUUCAUCUCUGUUGAAUUAAGAAACUUCUCAAAAAAAUCUCAGAUCUCAGUCUGCGAAGAAGCUUGAACAACGUUAAUGGCGACAAUCAGUCUACGCAAGAGCAACGCUCGACUUCCGCCUGAGGUUAAUCGUGUACUCUACGUCAGAAAUCUUCCGUUCAACAUCACCAGUGAGGAGAUGUACGACAUCUUCGGUAAAUACGGCGCAAUACGACAGAUUCGAAUUGGUACAAAUAAGGAUACAAGAGGAACUGCCUUCGUUGUCUAUGAAGACAUCUACGACGCUAAGACCGCCGUCGAUCACCUGUCCGGUUUCAAUGUCGCCAAUCGCUAUCUUAUAGUCUUGUACUACCAGCAAGCCAAGAUGAGCAAGAAAUUCGAUCAGAAAAAGAAAGAGGAGGAGAUUAUCAAGCUUCAGGAGAAGUAUGGUGUAUCGACGAAAGAUAAGUGAAUUACUUUUUCUGCUAAUAUGAAUCUAGGUUGCAUCUGUAUUGUGUAAGUUGCAGUCAUGGUUAAGUUGUUAGAUUUCCCUUGUUUAAUCGUGAACAGAAUAUUUUUAUGAGAAUACAUUCACGAAACUUGUUAAAUAGAAUCAUGGCUGGUUUCACAGGUGCUGGAUUUGAUUUGUAUUUGUGUUUGUGUUUCUAUGG